AGACUUGUGUGGUUUGAUUUCGACUGGCUCUGGUUAGAUCAUCAUUUCCGCGGCGUCCAGAAUCGAGAGUGGACACGAUACGUUAAAGUUUGAUACAUUUACGCGCUUGAAAGAUUGUUGUGGGACAAUGUUUUCGCUGAUUUUAAUCACCUGCCUUACGUUGCUAGUGCUUUUCGUAAGACAACGUUACAGUUAUUGGAGAGUUCGUGGAGUUCCUUCAGUGAAACCUUGGUUUCCAUUCGGAAAUUUGUGGGGCGUUGGCAGGAAGAAACAUUUGGCUCAGGUGCUGCUGGAUUGCUAUGAAAAAUUGAAUGGUUCAGGGCCAUUCGGUGGAGUUCAUUUCUUCCUAGGGCCGGUUGUGGUAGCAUUAGAGUUGGAUUUCGUGAAGAAUGUGUUGGUCAAAGAUUUCAAUCAUUUCCACGAUCGGUCGCUGUACUACAAUGAAAAAGAUGACCCGCUGACGGCUCACCUAUUCUUGAUUGAGGGAUCCAAAUGGAAGAAUUUGCGCAACAAGUUGACUCCCACCUUUACCUCGGGCAAGAUGAAGCUGAUGUUUCCAAUCGUGAGAGACGUGGGAGAGCAACUGGAAGCAUGUUUGCUAAAAGAACUGCCUGCGAAUGGAGAAAUCGAAAUCAAAGAUAUUUUAGCUCGCUACACUACCGAUGUUAUCGGAAUCUGCGCCUUUGGAUUGGAUGCCGGCAGUUUGAAAGACCCAGAGUCUGAAUUUCGAGUGAUGGGACGACAAGUAUUCGAGAUUCAUCCUCUCUUGUUUGUAAAACUUUUGCUCUGCCAAGAGUUCAAAAAAUUAGCACGUGCUAUGAGAGUAACUGUUCUCAAUCCCAAAGUGGCCAAUUUUUUCCUCAAGACAUUUGAGCAGAACGUUGAGUAUCGAGAGAAUAACAAAAUAAUUCGAAAUGACUUUAUGAGUUUACUGAUUAAAUUGAAAAAUAACGAAUCCAUAGACGAAUCAACCAGCACCGGUUUGGGAAAAAUGACCAUGAAUGAAAUAGCUGCCCAAGCUUUCGUAUUUUUCUUUGCCGGAUUCGAAACAUCUUCAACGCUUAUGUCGUUUUGUUUGUACGAACUCGCCUGCAAUCAAGAAGUACAAGAUAAAGCCCGGGCAAAUAUUCUGGAAACUUUGGAACGACAUGGCUCGUUCUCGUACGAAGCCAUUCACGAUAUGAAGUACUUGGAAAAUUGUAUCAAUGAAACACUUCGCAAAUAUCCACCUGCAGCGAACAUCUUCCGCCAAACAACCAUCGAUUACAACGUCCCAGGGACCAAGUUUACCAUCGAAAAGGGCACCCCGGUUAUGGUUCCGAUCUAUGCCAUCCAUCACGAUGCGGAACACUAUCCGAACCCGGAAGUAUUCGAUCCGGAUCGGUUCGACCCGGAACAGGUAGCGAAGCGACAUCCGUUUGCAUUUUUGCCCUUCGGCGAAGGUCCUCGUAUCUGCAUCGGGAUGCGAUUCGCGAUGAUGCAGAGUCGGGUCGGUUUGGCGGUGCUGUUACGAAAGUUCCGCUUCCGGUUGGGUUCCACCAUGGCUGGUCCACUGAGGCUGGAUCCUUCCAGUCUUAUACUGGCCAGUGUGCAGGGAAUGGUGUUGAAGCUGGAGGAACUUUGAGAAUCGACCCGAAGCUUUGAGAAUCAUUCAUGAAAAUUUUGAAUAAUACCUAAAAAAAAUCUUAAUUAAAUAUCAGCUUCCUCAUUUUUUACGCCGAUACGUCAAUUCAAACGUUUUGCCUUUCUUUCAGAAAGGUAUAGUUAUCGGUCGAUUUAUGAAAUCAUUAAUUAUGGGUCUUAGAUAUACCUUUAUAGGUACCUAUCGAAUCAGCUCGACGAGUUCAGACGAUGUCAGUGUAUUUGUGUGUGCUGGUGUGAUUUUUUGUAAACUUUGUCACGACGUUUUUGCGAAACU